AUGAAACUCCACACGCGCCUCCGACAAUGGCGCGAUAAAGUAGGGCAGGUCACCGCCUUAGCCAAGGUUCAUAAGACUGUCAACGAACGGCCACGACCUGGCAACAUCUAUCUUCAACCCAACAAACCGCUCGCUAUCCCUCCUCCUACCGUCUCUCGUAUCGAAAAAUGGAUACUAGAGUGUCGUGAGUCAGAUAUAAUUGAAAUGAAAAUCCGCAGGGAAGCCCGGAAGCCUCGACAUACACCUCCUCCGCAACCUUCUAGAGAAGGUGUGCAUUCUCAGAAGACCCAGGAACCAUCUCUCGAUGGCCUAGGCAUACUAGGCGUUUGUUUUACUCUGUUUCUUUUGUUGAACGUGAUUUUGUCAUUUUUGAAGUUCGCUUCUGUCGUUUGUGGGCUUUGGGUUUUGUAUAAGAUGUUAAAAGACGAGUUUUGCUGGUUGUCAAGGCCUAUCCCUCCCACAGCUCAGUCUCUGUUUGAUGUUAAUGAUGAUUUUUAUGAUGGAGAAGACAGUCUGGAUGACGACGAUUUUCUGUGA